AAUUAAAGUUAAAAACGUACGCUGUGAAUAAGUUUGAGUGUUGAAAGAAAGUUUUACAAAUAUAUUUUUCUACACCUUUUUACUUGUGAAGAAGAAAAACUUUCUCAUCUUGCUCGGUUCAAUAUAGGUUGCUUACCGUGCAGAGUUGUGGCUAGUUUGACUCGCAAUCUAAUUGGGGGACUCAGCCAAUUUAGAAGGCCCAUUUGUAAAUUUAGGUGCCCUUUAGCAAAUCACCAUUUCAUUUCAAAAUUAAAUGGAAUCAAAUCAAGAACGUUGUCAUGAAUAUGACUUUUUUAAAGCACCAUUUCAUUUCAAAAUUAAAUGGAAUCAAAUCAAGAACGUUGUCAUGAAUAUGACUUUUUUAAAGGUGUUCAACGCGACAAACUACUUCACGAAAUUCAUCGUUAUUUUUCACAAGACACAAAAAAGUCGGCUUUAAUACUAUAUGGAAUGUCAGGUGUUGGAAAGACAAAAAUUGCCAAAAAAUAUUGUGAAAUUUAUUCUGACUUCUAUAAAAAUAUUGUCUGGAUAGACUCAGCAUUUGGAAAAUUACAAACUUCAAUAAGAAAUCGUUGUCAAAUAUUAGGAUUGGCUAUUCAUGAUUCAAAAAGUGAUUUUAAUAUAGAAGUAAUUGUCGAAAAAAUUCACGACUAUUAUUCAAAUGGAAAAACGUUGUAUAUUUUUGACAAUGUCGACGAUGAAAGUGUUAAAGGUUUGACAAUGUACAUUUCAAGAAACGCGAACUCAUUUACUUUAAUUACCUCGCAAUGGAGAACGUGGUCAAACAACGUAAAUAAAAUGUUUGUUGAUGUUUUUUCGUUUGAAGAUGCAUUCGCUUAUGUGAAAAAUAAUGUCAAAGAAUACACCGAUGAAGACAUAAAAAACAUAGUUAAAGAACUUGGUUAUCAUCCGUUUGCUAUAACGCAGGCAAUAAAAUAUAUAAAUAUACAUAACGUUUCGAUAGAAAAAUAUAUAGAUCGAUAUAGACAGAAACCCUUAGAAAUAUUAGACACUGAUAACUUUCCUUCUGAAGAUGAAUCAAAGUCUGCAAUAAAAGCAAUCAAUUUAGUUUUGUUCAAAUUAAAAAAAACUAAACCUAUUCCAUUAGAUUUACUUAACUGUUUAUCUCAUUGCGAUGGUCAAAAUAUAGGUAAAGAAUUUAUAAUCCAAAUCUUAAAUCAAAUGAAAAUAAAAGAAGAACAUUUAAUAGAUGAAAUUGUUGGGAUACUAAUGAGUUUUUCGUUACUAAAUUGUUUCGAUGAUAACAAAUAUUCAAUGCACGAACUGACACAGAUGACGUGUAGAUAUUUUCAAAGUAAAAAUUCAAGUACAAAUACGUAUCUUGAUCUAAUCGAUGAUUAUUUCAAAUUUGAGUUAAAUCAGGUUAAUGAUCACGUGGAAUUCGGUAAUCAUUUCGUUUUUCAUUUUCUCUAUAUGUUUCGUAUAAACGGAAAAAGAAUGUCGAAAACCUUCCAUUAUAUGUCAACUUCUAUAUACCAGUUAUUAGUAUGUAAAGGUUUUUUUGAUGAAACAAUCGAAAUAUUAAAAACUAUUCAAAGUUUCAAUACGAAAACUUAUGGUGAAAAUAAUAAAUUUACGCUUGAUACAAAACAUUAUAUCGGAAACUGUUUUUAUAAUAUGGGAAAAUAUAACGAAGCGUUAGAAAUUUAUUACAAUGUUGAGAAAAUACGAACUCAUAUUUUAGGUAUCAACCAUUUAGAUACAAUGGCAACAAAACAUAGUAUUGCAAUCUGUUUGAACGAUAUGGGAAAAUAUAAUGAAGCUUCAGAAAUAUAUUCUUCUGUUGAGAAAACGCGAAUUAAAAUUUUAGGUAUCAACCAUCCAGAUACAGUAAAAACAAAACAUAAUAUCGCAAGCUGUUUGUAUAAUAUGGGGAAAUAUAACGAAGCUUUAGAUAUUUAUUAUUCUGUUGAGAAAAUACGAACUGAAAUUUUAGGUAUCAACCAUCCAGAUACAAUGACAACAAAACAUAAUAUCGCAAGCUGUUUAAAAAAUAUGGGAAAAUAUAAUGAAGCUUUAGAAAUUUAUUAUUCUGUUGAGGAAAUGCGAACUGAAAUUUUAGGUAUCAAUCAUCCAGAUACAAUGACAACAAAACAUAAUACUGCAAUCUGUUUGUACGUUAUGGGAAAAUAUAACAAAGCUUUAGAAAUUGAUUGUAAUGUUGAGAAAAUACAAACUGAAAUUUUAGGUAUCAACCAUCCAGAUACAAUGAAAACAAAACUUAGUAUUGCAAUAUGUUUGUACAAUAUGGGAAAAUAUAACGAAGCUUUAGAAAUUUAUUAUUCUGUUGAAAAAAUACAAACUGAAAUUUUUGGUAUCAACCAUCCAGAAACAAUGAGAACAAAACAUAAUAUUGCAACCUGUUUGGACAAUAUGGGAAAAUAUAACGAAGCUUUAGAUAUUUAUUACUCUGUUGAGAAAGUUCGAACUGAAAUUUUGGGUAUCAACCAUCCAGAUACAAUAAGAACAAAACAUAAUAUCGCAAUCUGUUUGUACGUUAUGGGAAAAUAUAACGAAGCUUUAGAAAUUUAUUAUUCUGUUGAUAAAAUACGAACUGAAAUUUUAGGCAUCAACCAUCCAGAUACAAUAAGAACAAAACAUAAUAUCGCAAGCUGUUUGAACGAUAUGGGUAAGUAUAACAAAGCUUUAGAAAUUUUUUAUUCUGUUGAGAAAAUACGAACUAAAAUAUUAGGUAUCAACCAUCCGGAUACAAUAAGAACAAAACAUAAUAUUGCAAGCUGUUUGGACGAUAUGGGAAAAUAUAACGAAGCUUUAGAUAUUUAUUACUCUGUUGAGAAAAUACGAAAUGAAAUUUUAGGUAUCAACCAUCCAGAUACAAUAAGAACAAAACAUAAUAUCGCAAGCUGUUUGGACAAUAUGGGAAAAUUUAACGAAGCUUUAGAAAUUUAUUAUUCUGUUGAGAAAAUACGAACUGAAAUUUUAGGUAUCAAUCAUCCAGAAACAAUGAAAACAAAACUUAGUAUCGCAAUCUGUUUAAGUAACCUCAUAAAACAGAAAACAAGUUGUUUAACAAUUAGUUAAAUGUAAUUUUGUUUAAAUGUAUAACUUUUAUUAUGCUGUUGAUGAAAAAAAAGUCGUACCCUCCUUUAAUAGUAAGAAA